AUGCGAAUGAGGGAAGAGCAUGAUCAACAAAUUCGGGUCUUAUCCAAUCAAUUCAGUGAAUCCAGCCGUCGCAACCUUACUAACCAAGCAGGUAACAAUUCAGAGGUGGAUGAACGUCUCAAUGCUGAGAACCCUCCCUUUGACCAGAACAUUGGGGGUGGUCCCAUCGAAGACAACAAUACUGGGGGUGGUCCCACCGAAGAUAACAAUACUGGGAGUGGUCCUGUUAUUCCUCUCAGGAAUCGUCCAAGAUCUGAUACAGACGAGGACGAGAAAAUAAUGGACCUUGGGAGCAAAAUCAACACGCUGAUGUCUGCUCAGGGGAUAAAAAGGACCAGUAUUCUGUCUCCCUAUCCAAGAAAGUGGGAUUCAAUUCCGUAUCCGGAAGCAUAUUUUCUUGUGUUGUGUUGCCUUGCUUACUACUUCGGUGGAGGACUAUCUCAAAUAGCAAAUGUUAUUGACUAUGGAGCUGUUGGAGAUGGGAAAAGAGAUGAUACUCAAGCAUUUUCAACAGCUUGGGAUGUAGCUUGUAAUGCUUCAGAUUCUACAACAAUGUUAAUCCCCUCAGGGAAAACAUUUAUGAUUUAUCCGGUGGUCUUCAAAGGCCCUUGCAAAUCCCCAGUUCAUGUUCAGGUUGAUGGCAAUAUUGUAGCUCCUAGCCAAAUAUGGAAGCGACCAGACAGUGAUCAUUGGAUUACAUUUCUAGGAGUCAAAGAAGGAAUAAGAAUCAAUGGGAGUGGUCAAUUCGAUGGAAACGGAAAUAUUUGGUGGACUUGCCGUGAAAAAAAUAUAUGUUCAGAUGCUCCUGAUACAUUGGCAUUCGGCAAUUGCAGUAAUAUCACAUUGGAAGGCUUGAGAUUUGUAAACAGCCCAAUGAAACAUAUUUCUAUUUUUAAGUCUAGCGGAGUUCAAUUAAGGAACCUCACAAUUCUAGCUCCUGGUGAAAGUCCCAAUACUGAUGGCAUCCACAUUGAAGAAUCUCAGCAAGCUGAAAUUUCAAAUUCUAUAAUUGGAACAGGUGAUGAUUGUAUAUCAAUUGGAUCUGGUACAUCAAAUCUUAAUAUCACCCAAAUAAAUUGCGGACCAGGACAUGGCAUAAGUAUUGGCAGCUUGGGCAGAGGUGGCACUAAGGCAACUGUGAAUCAAGUUCUUAUCUCCAAUUGCAAAUUUAAUAAAACAACAAAUGGUUUACGAAUUAAAACUUGGCCGGGUGGCUCUGGUUUGGUUAAUGACAUCAAAUUUGUGGGAAAUAAUUUCACUGAGGUUUAUAAUCCAAUAAUUAUAAACCAAUUCUACUGUGACCAUAGCAAAAAUUGUGGCACCGGGGGAUCGGCUGUCAAAAUUCAAGACGUGCACUACAUAGGAGCAUCAGGGACAUCUGCAAGCACAAAUGCAAUCACCCUCAACUGCAGCGCCUCCGCGCCAUGCACGGGUCUCAUUAUGGACGACGUUAGCCUACAGUACGUCGCAGACCCACCUGCCACGGCCUUUUGCAUUAAUGCCCAAGGGACCGAGAAAUCUCCGGUCAAGCCAAAAGUUCCUUGCUUGAAUUAG